CAGCCGCGGCGGCUGCAACAAGUGCGGGUUCCCGGGCGGGCGAGCCGCAGCCUCCGCGCCACCGUCCUCGCCAGGCCGCUGGGCGCGCAUGGAGCGUGAGCGGCGGCGGUCGCCGGGCUGAGCCGCACGCGCGGCUGGGACGUGGAUGUGGCGGCGGUCUGCCGCUCCGCCCCACCGAGCUGGAGCUGCUCCUGGACAAGGUAUGAGAAAUGAGUGUUGGGCGUCGAAGAAUAAAGCUGUUGGGCAUCUUAAUGAUGGCAAAUGUCUUCAUCUAUUUGAUUGUGGAAGUCUCCAAAAGCAGUAACCAAGAAAAAAAUGGAAAAGGGGAAGUAAUAAUACCCAAAGAAAGGUUCUGGAAGAUAUCCAGCCCUCCCCGGGCCUUCUGGAACAGAGAACAAGAAAAUCUCAACAAGAGGUACAACCCCAUCCUGAACAUGUUGGCCAACCAGACAGGGGAUGCGUACGGCUCUGCAAACACAAGCCAUCUGAACCAUUGUGAACCCGACCUAAGGGUCACGUCAGCUGUGACAGAUUUUAAUAAUUUGCCAGACAGAUUUAAAGACUUUCUCUUGUAUUUGAGAUGCCGAAAUUACUCACUGCUCAUAGAUCAGCCGAAGAAAUGUGCAAAGAAACCCUUCUUACUGCUGGCGAUUAAGUCUCUCACUCCACAUUUUGCCAGAAGACAAGCAAUUCGGGAAUCUUGGGGCAGAGAAACCAACGUGGGGAACCAGACCGUAGUGCGAGUCUUCUUGCUGGGCCAGACGCCUCCAGAAGACAACCACCCCGACCUUUCAGACAUGCUGAAGUUCGAGAGUGAGAAGCAUCAGGACAUCCUCAUGUGGAACUACAGAGACACGUUCUUCAACUUGUCUCUGAAGGAAGUGCUGUUUCUCAGAUGGGUGAGCACUUCCUGCCCAGACACUGAGUUUGUCUUCAAGGGCGAUGAUGAUGUUUUUGUGAAUACUCAUCACAUCCUGAAUUACUUGAAUAGCUUACCCAAGAACAAAGCCAAAGAUUUGUUUAUAGGUGAUGUGAUCCACAAUGCUGGGCCUCAUCGGGAGAAGAAACUGAAGUACUACAUUCCAGAGGUCUUCUACUCCGGGGUCUACCCACCGUAUGCGGGGGGAGGUGGAUUCCUGUACUCUGGCCACCUGGCCCUGAGACUGCACAAUAUAACUGACCGGGUCCAUCUCUACCCCAUCGAUGAUGUUUAUACUGGAAUGUGCCUUCAGAAACUUGGCCUCGUUCCAGAGAAACACAAAGGCUUCAGGACAUUUGAUAUUGAGGAGAAAAAUAAGAAUAAUAUUUGUUCUUAUGUAGAUCUCAUGUUAGUACAUAGCAGAAAGCCUCAAGAGAUGAUUGAUAUUUGGUCUCGGCUGCAAAGUGCUCAUUUAAAAUGCUAAAAUGCAUAGAAGCUAAAUUUCACAUAGAAAGGCCUAUCUUGACUAGUUCCCAUGUUGUGCUUUCACAUUAGAGUGAUUUCUUGUUAAAUCCUCAGAACUGCCUUCAUAAGUAGCAUCUGUUCCCAAAUGGUCUCCAAGCUCUCAAUUCCAUACCUUUGUGGACAGGGAAACAAAGUAAUUCACGAGGGCCUGGCAGGGAGAUUGGCUCUGGUCCUACCCACUGGCUGCUGGCCAUUAUUUUCUAAUUUGUUUCCCAUUAAGUUCUUUUUGUUUUGUUUUUCUAUAUGGUAAUACUCUUGUUCCCAUUAUGACCGAUAUCAGGUGUUUAUAAACCUAUAACCAAGAUUUUGUUGUACAUGACUCUGGUUUUUGUGAAAUGGAAUUAACAUUUAUUUUUCUGAGAUUUGGAUAGAUUUUUUUAAUUGUCUGGAAAAUGGACCAAUGUCAGAUUUCCCAACACCCCAACAGUAUUCUUGUGUUAAUAUAAUCAGUUAAUUUUCAAAACCGAAAAUGACCGUGACACCUCUAGUUUAUCUGGUUUUGGUCCUGUGGCCACCGUAAGGACAAAGAGGAUUUGUUAUUUCUUGCAUUUGGUUUGCUGGGUGGUAUGGUAGUUGCCUAAUUUUAGUAUUUUGAAAAUCAUGAGUAUGAUUCCCUCAUGGCCAACUGCAGAGUGAGUGGGCUGACAGCCAUAUGGGUUUAUGAAUGUUCAACGUGAGCCUUGAAAGCAGGUGUGACUUUUGAACUUGAACUGAAAAGGUGGAAUUUGCAGACCUUCUCAAGUGGUUUGUCAGUUUCAAACUCCAGGAUUCUAUUCUUGCCAUAUCUCCCCAUACUGCUUAGAGGAAGGUAUUCUGAGUAGCAGUGCUGCCCUGUCUCAGUCUAGAAGUGCCUGUGUUUAUUUAUUGUUCAGAUCAAAGACCAAAACAUUUUCUUAAAUAUAUUUUGUGUAAUAUUUUAUUUGUAUACAGUGUUGUUGAUAAAAUAUUUAACUAGAGCAUGAUAUUUUAAAUGUUAAGCUGUAACAUAUGUUAAAUAAAGCUAACUGUUAUUUUUGAAUUUUAAAAUUUGGUUUUUGGGGGUAGGAACUGCUAGAUUUGAUAAAAUUCUGCCAAAUUAUUGCUUAUACCUAUCUUGUAACAUGCUUUCUUAAAUAUUUUUGUGUUUUCAGAGAUGAGGAUUCUUAUCAGAUGCUACACUGGGGAAAAGAAAGUGAAAAUAAAGUGACUGUAUUUUUUAA